ACCUGUCCAGAGUUCACCAGAGAGAGAGAGAGAGAGAGAGAGAGAGAGAGAGAGAGCCAGAGAGAUUUAAAGUCCCAUUGAAGGGGAUUUGGUAAAAUCUGCGUGGUUAGCAGAGUAAACGCCUGCCGACCUUCGGUUGCCUUUAGCCCUCUCCUUUUUUUUCUCCUUUUCACUCUCUGUUGUCGGAAUCUGAACAAAGGUGUUAGCAUUAGCUUCUCUUACUGCUUUCCUCAUCCUUCUCUCAUUCGUUCUGUGCUCUCUCACCAACAAGAAGGAAGAGAAAGGGGGAGGAGAGAGGGAGAGACUUUUUGUUUUUGUCUAAUUUUCUCGAGGAAAAUCUGAAGAAAGAAGGCCGAAGUGGAAGGCAACCAUGUCUUCUCCAAGCAAACGCCGAGAGAUGGACCUGAUGAAACUAAUGAUGAGCGAUUACAAAGUGGAGAUGAUUAAUGAUAGCAUGCAAGAGUUUUAUGUAGAUUUCCAUGGGCCAAACGAGAGUCCUUACCAUGGAGGAGUGUGGAGGAUCAGGGUCGAACUGCCAGAUGCCUAUCCUUACAAAUCUCCAUCUAUAGGUUUUGUUAACAAGAUAUAUCAUCCAAAUGUUGACGAAAUGUCUGGUUCAGUGUGCCUGGAUGUGAUCAACCAAACUUGGAGUCCAAUGUUUGACCUUGUCAAUGUUUUCGAGGUAUUUCUUCCCCAGCUUCUUCUAUAUCCCAAUCCAUCGGAUCCAUUGAAUGGAGAGGCUGCUGCUUUGAUGAUGCGUGAUCGAGCUGCUUAUGAGCAAAGAGUUAAAGAGUAUUGUGAAAAAUAUGCCAAGCCGGAGCAUGUUGGUAUUGUUCCUGAAGAAAAAAGUAGUGACGAAGACGUGAGUGAAGACGAGUAUGCAUCGAGCGAUGAAGCAGUGGCUGGGCAAGCUGAUCCUUGAAAAAAUUGCACACUGUAUCUACACACGUGUUUUAACUCCUUGUAAAUCAAACGGAACGUUCUAUCUUACACGAUGUCUUGAAACUGUAAAUAAUCAUGUACUUGGAUGCUUGGAUUUCUGUUGAUCUGGAAUACUUUCUGCUGAAACUGGCAUCAAAGGGCAGGAACCUUA